AAUGUAUUUCGGAUAUCGAAUGAUUCAACUAAACUCUUGUCCAGAAAUAAAUUAUCAUUUAGACGAUAAGAAACCACCUAUUCUUGGUCCAUGUAAAUUGAAUGGUAAUUUAUCAAAAGAUUGUCAAUUAAAUGACGGAGUUCAAACAAGUCUUGCAAUGGCGGCGUAUUGCGUUGAUAACGGAACUUUUAAAGAAAUUACUUGCCAAGAUCCAAAUGCUUUUAUAUUCAAUGAUGGUUGCUAUUUAUAUAUUCAACAUAAAGAAAAGAAAUCUAUCAAUGAAGCUGCGGAAGAAUGCGAGAAAUUCAAUUCCACCUUACUUUAUAUGUCGAAUGACGAGUACAAAUUUACAAAAUUUCUACUACAAGGCGAAGGUGAUGAUAAUUCAGCUCCUGGUAAUCAAAAUGUACAAGUUGGAGGAAGAUUGAAAAUUGUUAGAGAUAUUAAAGACGAAGAGAAAUUUACGUUUGACGACGGAAUACCUUACGACUACUACGGUUUUACUACAGCAUUUAACAAUAAGUGUGAUAAUGGACAGUGCGUAAAUGAAAAAUAUGCUUGUGACAAUGAACGCAAUUGCUUCGAUAGUAGCGAUGAAAAUUGUAUCAAUAGUAGAUUACUUAGGAAUGGAACAAUUGGGGAAAUGGAUUGCGAGAGUUUUAACCAAUUUCAAUGCGAGGAUAGUUGUAUAUCACGUGAUAAAGUUUGCGAUCUACAAACGAAUUGCUUGAACGGAGAAGAUGAAAGUGAAAUGUGUUCAGACUAUUACGAUAAAUUUAAUUUAAAAGAUUGUUUGAAGUUGGAAAGAGAUUUGGAAAUUAAAUGUAAAAUUGUUUACGAUUCAAUGGGAAAUCUUUUAACAAAAGUUCAUUAUCCAUUCAACGCUUUAAAAAAUUGUACGAAAACAACAUGCGCAAUUGGUGAAUAUUUAUGUAAACAGAGUUAUUACUGUAUAUCAAUUAAGCAAGUUUGCGAUGGAAUUGUUCAUUGUACUCAUUUUGACGAUGAGAACGAUUGCGGUAAAAUUUACUUAUCUUAUUACUUAUUUCCGGUUUCUUCUAGGCGCAGAGGACAAAAUUGA